AUGGGUUUUCUAGCAAAGUACUGUGGUAAGAUAUUUGUCAGGUUCUAUGCCCCUUUGGCAGGGAAAAGUAAAAGCUGAAAUGAUGUUUUUGUCUUACAUUUAGCGUUAGGCAGCUUAGACAGAUGCAAGCACAGAUUUCAGGGGAGGAGAACUAGACAACUUCCUUUGGUGCAACAGCAUUUUCUGCUUUUGAGCAAUAGGAAGAACGUAAUCCCACUUGAGUGCAUCCUAAUUCCCAGUAAGAAACACCUUUCAGAGAAGACUAACAUUCCCUUCUAAAGACACGUACUUAGAAGUAAAUUACGUUUAAAUCAGCUGGAUUUAGUUCACGGCUUCUGCAGAUGGGAUUGCCCUCUGGGCUGGAAAUUGCUCAGGCACUGUGCUACUGUAUGAAGUUAACUGCAAGGUUAGUAGGAACCAAGGUUGUUUUAUGAACUGGUGCAUGGAAUGAAGGGUUUCUGAGCAGCACCAAUACAAAACUGAAAACUAAGAUAACUGUUUUGGGAUAAGUUGUAGCAAAACCCACACAGUAUUAAAAGUUCCUUUGUUAUACUCUUCAGUUUUAUGUGGCGUCAUUUUACAAAGUUGCUACAGCAACUAUUACAAUAACAACCCCAUCCCCAGAUGGAUCCCCUAUUAAGCGUCUAGGUUUGUUGGUUGGGAAAAGCAAGGUAGGGGAAUUCUAUACACUGAAUUCUGUACACUAUUGGAGAACCUCCAAGUCUGAAUAAAUGGAGAGGAUGUUAUGCUAUAAUAAUAAUGUGUUUCCACUUGCAUAUAAUUAUUUAUAUUUUUUAUUUUUAGACAAUUUGUGAGGGUAUGUUGCUUGGAUCAAUUGCAGCGUAAGUAGUUGAUCAAUAAAUUGAAUUGACUGUACUGGUGUAAUUAGGCAUAUCACGUUUCACAUUAACAGUUAUCUUUCCUUGGCAUUUAGUUUCUUUGAUGCUGAUGCAGUUAUGUGGUCAGUUGGUGCCACUGCGUCUGUGACAUUUGGACUUGCCGCUUUUACUCUUCAGAAAAAAGUAAGCAAUUAUUUCUUAACUGUCUUGACCCACUAUUUGAUAAAUUAAUCGCUAAUUCAGAAUUAAAAAUUGGUUUGCUCUGUCAUCUGAAAAAUGUCAUCAGUGUGUGAUAUUUUGGCAUAAUGAAAGAAUACUGAGAAAGAUCAGUAACACAUAUUGACACUUAGGAACAUAUAUCAUUCUUGUCGAUAUAUAUCAGUGGUCAUUGAAUGUAUUUAUUUUUUUGUCUACAGCCCAUAUUAAAAUAUUUGUGAGUCAAGUAGAGGCUAUGAUGUUCCAAGAAAUCCUAAAAUAACUCUCCUUUUGAUUCUUUAUUCUGAAGUAAAUUAAUACCGAUUUACAGCUGAUUACUACACUACUAACAACAGCAAAACAGUGUAUUGCACAAAAAUUGAAAAAUAAAAGCUCCCCCUACUGUAACAGAUUGGUUAAGGAAAACCUGAAAUACUAUUUUAAUGGUAAAGCAUAAAUAUGAGAGAAAUGCUAUACAUAAUAAUAAAACAAAUUUAUUGGGAAGUGCUUUGUUUUUAAAUUUUUGGAACAACACUGUAAGUGAUAUAUUUUCUUUUAAUCUGGUCACUGUACUUUAGUUUUUCUUUUCUUUUCCUUUGCUAGACAGUACUGCCCUUUUUCUCUUUCAUAAGCCAUUUUGCAUUUCUUUUUUAUUUCUCUCACUAUUUGUUUUAUUUUUUCUUGACAAGCAAGCUUGUUUGAUGAUGUACAACGGUCUUGGCUACAGUGUGUGUGUGUGUGUGUGUGUGUGUGUGUGUGUGUAGUGCUUUUUUCUAAAAAAUAUGUUAGGGUCCUCUCAUUUUCCUACUCAUAUUGAAAUACUGCCCCUCAAUGUGGCCAAACUUAGAUUCACAAAAUAUUUAGGGGUAUGCGUACCCCUGCAUCCCCUCAGAAAAAAGCGCUGUAUGUAUAUAUUUAUUAAUUUCUGUGUUGGUAUGUUGACAAAAGCAUAAUAGUGAUGCUAGAGUAUACAAUCGUACCUCUGCUUACGUAUCUUUCCGGUUACGUAAACUUCGGGAUACGUAAGUGGCAAACCCAGAAGUAUAUUUCUGUGUUAUUGCUCUACCGCAGCGUGUGUGUGCACAGAAGCGGUCCCUCCAGUUGCAGAAACCUCGGGAUCCGACCAGAGAACAGAUCCCAUCCGCAACUGGAGGUACCACUGUAAUUGUUUGUAUGCCACAGCAUAGCUGCUUAUAUGUGGUCUAAAUGAGUUUAUUAAUUGCUCCAUUAGUAAGAUUUUGGAUACAUACAUUCUUAUAUUUAUUAGAGUUAUAGCUAAUGCUCACAUAGAAUCAUAAAAUUGUAGAGUUGUAUCCAACGCCUCUGCAAUGCAGAAAUCCCUACUAAAGCAUCCAUGACAGAUGUCCUUCCAAAUUCUGCUUAAAAACAUCCAAAGAAGGAGAGUCCACCACCUCUCGUGGGAGCCUGUUCUGUUUAAUUAGAAAUUUCUUUGUGAAGUUUAGUCAGAAUCUCCUUUCUUGUAACUUGAAUCCAUUGGUUCGGGUCCUACCUCCAGAGCGGGACAAAACAAGUUGGUGCUAUCUUGCAUAUGACAACCCUUUAAGAUAUGUAAAGAUGGCUAUCAUAUCUCCUCUUUCUUCUCAACUGCCCAACUCCCUUAAACGUUCCCCAUAUGUUUAGGUUUCCAAACUCUUAGUCAUCUUGGUCACCCUCCUCUGCACAUGUUCCAGCUUGUCAAUAUCCUUCUUAAAUUGUGGAAAGGGCCAACAGAAGAGGCCAAAUUUCAGUUGUGAAAGAAAGACAGAAAAAAUUGCUUGCAGUUCAUUUUCCUGUGGUUAUCUGACCUUGUUGCGGUUCAGGAAAUCAAAUUUGAUCGGAUAAUAUGGUUCUCUGUAUUUUGUAUCUCAUAACACUGAAAGGCUAGAUGUAAUUUUCAGUGCAUUGGCUCUUAAAAGUAGUUUUCUGAUUUACUAUAUUAUUAUGUAUGGCUACUUCAUCUUCUCUAGACACUGGCGUAUUAAUUAAUAGUAAUCGUGUGUAUGCCAUGUUAAAAUUUAUUUGAUUUCCCACAAGAUUCUCCUCCUAAGUGAUAAAAUUAAGAUAUAUCCUUCAGAUGAUAUUUCCUUCUGGUAAAGCAUCAACAGAGUUCUGAAACAGAGGGAUUUUUCCGCUGUUGGAAUGUGCUCCCUUAUUCCAAACACUUUGGUGUGUUUUUUCAAUGUUGAAAGUUUUUUUUACUGGGUUUUAUAAACAAGAAUAAUGUUAUACAGUACAAAUAAGUAUUGAGCUUGAGAUACUUUGCAGGAUAGGGUAAGAAAAUGUAUUAACACCUGAAAAUUCCUUGGUGACUGUCUAUUCUAUGGGUUGGGUGGAGAACCUCCCCAUUCACAAAUUUCUGUUCUUAUCAUAUCUGCAUGGCAGGAAGUGCUCAUACCUCUCUUCUUUUUCUUUAGUGUGACCUUACGAUCACAUCAGGAAUACUGCUAAUUUUGUAUUUGGUCUUGCUUAUUUAUGGAUGUCUUUGUGCUAUCCUGCAAUCAAUGGUAAGUAAAACAUUUUACUUUUUGAAGUAAAUAACCCCUUUGUGUUUUAUUGUCUGCAUCCCCUCCAAACUUGUUUCGUUCUCCUCUUUCCCAGUAUUGGUUCCCCUCUCACCAAAGUUUAAAGAUGACUCAGGUACCUUAAUUCUUGUGCGCUAGACUUUCCCUCCGAAUUAUACUGCAAGUUCUUUUGAUUCUGCCCAAUCAGGCUUUGUUCUUACCUUGGAAGGGUCUUCAGGUAGGAUCUUGGUCCACAUUGUGCCUGAAUGUGAGAAUCACAAUCCUUUCUGGGGAAGUAGGCAGCUCUUCCCUCAUUUAUUUCCUACCUUCCUCUGGAGGAAUUCCCUUUCCGUCUCAGUUCUCCAUUUCUGUGUUCAUCACCCUCAGGCUGCUGCACCCUUAUCUGGACAGGGAUAGCCUAACCUCCGCUGUCUAUGCUCUGGUAACCUCUAGGUGAGAUUACAGCAAUGUGUUACACAUAGGGCAGCCUCCAAAGACGGUUCAGAAACUUCAUCUAGUGCAUUAGCCAGGGAAUUUGGGUGUCCCUUAGUAUGUAUUUCUUGUGUCGGCUUAUCUUUGUUGAAGUUCCUUUGUAGAAGUCUUUUAGACGGUGUAGACCGUUGGUUUGGAGGUUUUGUGCUGUGUGUUGGAAUAGUGGGUGGUGAGCUGGGGGGGGGGGGCGGAUGUUAGUGGGGCUGGGGACAGUUUGCCUACUUUUUUCUACCAUGCACUGUAUGAACCUGUUUAGUGUUGUGGGGAUUCUCUUUAUUUUGUUUUGGAGAGAUGGGUAUGCUGUUGUGGGGUGUUUUCAGUGGUGUCUUUCUCCAAAUGGACCCAGUGUUUCGUCUUCUAAAAUAUAUGGGAUUAUGUGGCAGACUUGGCUGGCAAUGUAAUAUGAUUCUAUGUUGGGGAAAGCCUUGGGGAAAAAUACAAAGACAAAGACUGCUGGGAGGGACCAUAUUUCUUCCAUCCUUCCUCUCUUCACCCAGCGGCUUACAAGGUGAAGGAUAGGUGGCUCCUGCCAAAGAUAUGAACAGAUUUCUUGCGGAAUGCUGUUGAAAUUAGGCCAAGGGCCAUAUGAAAUUAGAUGAAGUUUCCUUCAGUCUCUGGUGAGGUUGAAUGGCCCACUGGAUAGGCCUGAAAUGGUCUUUGUCCCAGGACAGAGAAUCCAUGCAGGAAACUAGCAAGCACAGACACAGGGCCUGCCCAACCAUGAGGCAAAUCAAAAGCAGCCACUUUGUGCAGAGGAGUCCCAUGGGGUGGUUCCCCUGCAGAUGUGCUGCCCACCCCUGGCGGAGUUGUACAGCUGCUGCUGCUGCAGAUUCUGGUGAGAUCUCGCCAGAGUUCAGUGAGAUCUCGCUGGAAGCUGCCGCAGCUGAAUAACACCAGUCAGAUUUCGUGGGCAGGUGUGGUGGCUUGACCCCUUCCUGUUUGCCUCAGGUGGCACAUGCCUUCACUUAUUCACUCUUGAUACCCACCCACUUGCAAAAUAAGAGGGUCUGUACCUUGCUCUGUGCCAGCCUUGACAACCCUGGCAUCUGCUGCUACUAGCAUUUUCCUAUUUCACAGUAACAGUGUGAAUACCAAUGUGCUAAUCGGUUUUCUUGGUUUUGCAUACUGCUAACUGUAAGCUCUGUAUUUGCAGUGGUUACGAAUAAUACAUGCUGCCGUUGGAACACUAAUUUUUAGCAUAGUAAGUCUUAAAGGAACUGAAGGCUGAAUCGACUGAGAUGCUCUGUAUGUGAGAAACAAAAAUCUUACUUUUACUCGUAGCAUUAACUAUGACUGGGGUGGGGAAGCUAUAUUUGUGACUGAUUUUCCUCUGAAUCACUGAGUUGACGGCAAGACUCUGGGGACCAUGGUUCAGAUGCUAAAUCAGUUAAAUUAUAGGAAAUGACUUGAGGUGAGCCUCAUUCUUGUCUGCUCCUAUUCUGUUCUCAUUUGUUUAUGAGAAGAGAGUGAAAGCUUUCACUUUAGACCAGACUGCAGUUCCCUAUUGUGUAUAAAAGCAGAGAACCAAAGUUUGUUCUAUCCACGUUUGAAAUUGAAGGCAUGUUUUGGUCCUUGUUUAACUAGUGAGUAAAAGCCACAGUUCCAAAUUGAUAUGUAACAAGGAAGCAGCGUUUGUUUUAAAGUGAAAACAGAAUAUUUCACUCUUUCCCCCUCUUCUCAUAUGCAAAGGGGAGGGGAAGGAAAAUAUUCAAGCCUGAUGCUUACUGUCAUAUAAACCAUGGUUCAAAUGAUAUCUGAACAGGGCCACAAGGUGUGGAUGGUUAUGUAUCUAUUAGUUUGUUAAAAAUGGUGUUUACUGAAGAAUCUUUAAUUGAAAUCAGAUCUUAAACACUUAAUGCCAAAAUAAACUGUCUUAAGUUUCUAGAAUGAAAUUGAUCCCUGUUUUGGAGGUACAGUGAUAUCAGAGAUAUCCAAGAUAAAAAGCCAGUGAGCAAAAAGUUUCAGAUUUUAAAACAUAUGUAUGGGUGGGAUUUUACUUUCAUGUUUAUAGCGUUGCAAACAGUGGAAUGGAUACAAACUAAGUGAAUCACAUUUAGUUCCCAUUAAAAUCUUUACCAACUUGUCCUACUGAUUUCAACAGGACGGGUUCAACUAAUUCAUUCCGGGAUCCAAUUCUAUAUUAUGAGCAAACGCACUCUACAUGCUAAUUUCACUUCUUUUUUUAAAAAUGCCAACAAUGACUUCUGUAACUUGAAGUGGCUUCUGUUAUUCCUGGAUAAGACAUUAAUAAGGAGACCCAUCUUUCCCAUACAGGAAGAUCAGAAACUGGCUAGGGGGAUACAAUGAGUAGUAGGUUAACAAUGUGUACUAUUCUGCUAGGUAUUUGCUUUCAAGAGAGCCGUUAUUUAGGAUAAAAAAAUAAAAAUGACACCAUACACUGACUUUUUUUUUCUUUUUUAAAAAGUAUCUGUUGGUGGACACACAACUAAUGCUCGGAAAGAGGGACCAGUAUCGUCUGAAUCCUAAUGAGUAUAUUUUUGCAGUACUGAACAUCUACAUUGACAUCUUUUCUUUCUUUUUAUUUUUAUUGCAAUUUGUUGGUUGGAGGAAGUGA